AAACUUUGUUUCAUAUUUUGAUACAUUAUUUUUUAAGGAAUUUUAUUAAAAAACGUUGCAAUGGGGAAAGCGUGUUCCAAAUUUAUGAAGAAAUAUAUUUUAUGCUUAUGCAUCCAAGCUGAAGAAUCUGAAAAGGAAGAACUGAUUGAUGAUGAAAACGUGGAGGACCUCGUUGAUGAAGGAGAAAUGGCACAGGAAAGAACGGAGAGUCCAAAAGUAGCAGAAACUGCGAAAGUAGCAGAAACUCCAACGGUAUCAGAACCUUCAAAAGUAGAAGACACUUCAAGAGAGACAUUAAUUCCAAAAAGAGUAGAAAGUCCUACGGAGAGUCUACUACAGAAACUAUGGGGAGUUAGUAGAGAAUCAAUUCGGGAUGGAGAGUUCAAAGACAUAUUUGAGUUGUUCGACUAUUAUUCAGCAUUUGCAGGAGAUGUAAAAGGAGAGAUAAGUUUGAGAUCCGUAGAAAAGUGGUUUGAUCAAGCAGGAUUGUUCAGUCAUACUAAAAUUCAAAAAGACGACACGGCUAUUAUUUAUGCGAAAACUACUAGUCCAGGUCACAAAAUGUCCGAGAAAGAAUUUGUUGAAAUGCUUCGAAUGUUGGCCAGGGAAAAAGACAUAUCUUUAUCAGAUAUCAAAGGAAGAUUGAUUGCUGCAGGGAAACCAAAAGUUUCGGGAAUCAUUGCAGGGGUAUCUGCGGAAACUGUUGACAAACUGACGAAUCCUGCCUUAUUCAAAUCUCCUCCAAAGGAAUGAUACGAAGAAGUGAAGCAAAUAUCAAGAGAAGCAGCAAAAUGAUGGGUGUAAAAAUGUGUUACUAUUAUCAAAUUGUUAUUAAGUGAAAACUUUUAUUUUAUUAUAAUAAUGAUUAUUUCAAAUAAAUUCCUAAG